CGCCGCCAGAGUUCGAAGAUGCUGCUGCUGUUGCUGCGAGCGAUGAGGCCUUAGACCAGACUGUGAUGAUCAUCAACAUCACCAUCAUCAUCGUCGUCGUCAACAGCAGCAUCGUUCGCAGCAACUUAAGCACCAUCAUAACCAUCAUCAUCAUAAUAAACAGCAUAAACAUUGUCAGUAACAGCAGUAAGCGCAGCAGCAAUCAGCAUCAUCAGCAGCAGUUUAAUCACCAUCAUCAGCAGCAGCGCCAGCAGUAACCUCGAUCAUCACCAUCAUCAACAGCUGCCAUAGACUCUCCUCUCAUCGCACGCGUCACCUCCUUCCCCAUCGCUCAUCGUGGACCCCUCCACAACGCUCCCCCACCUCGUCUCCACGAACCCCCGCCGGACCCCUGAAGGACCCCCCCACUAACCGCCGCCCCAUGUCCCCCCAGAGAGAGACCCCCUCGCCCACGUGGCGACGAUGAGCGAGGGGGUCUCACCGCAGCGACUACGAACCAUGAACACUUCUUCUUCUUCCUCGCCGUGGAGCGACACUCCCCCCGCCUCCAUCACCUCCGCUGCGCACACGGCCACCGUCUCCCUGGUGCUGGCCUCCAUCGCCCUGACCACGGCGCUCGCCAACGGCCUGGUCAUCGCCGCCGUGGCGGCCACUCCGAAGCUGCGACACCCAGCCAACUACCUCAUCUGCUCGCUGGCCGUGGCCGACCUACUCGUCGCCCUGCUCGUGAUGCCGCCGGGCGCCGCCGCGGCCGCCACGGGCUCGUGGCCGCUCGGCCCCGCCGCCUGCGCCGUGUGGACGAGCGCCGAUGUGACCUGCUGCACGGCCUCCAUCCUCAGCCUCUGCGCCAUCGCCCUCGACCGCUACUGCGCCAUCGCGCGCGCCGUGCGCUACGCGCCGCGCCGCACGCCGCGCCGCGCAGCCGCGAUGAUCGCCGCCGUCUGGGUCACCUCCAUCCUCGUGUCGAUGCCCCUCGCGCUCGCCACCGUGGGCACCGCUGGCGGCGGCGGCGGCGGUGGUGGGGACGCCCAGCCUGGAGGUGCCCAGACCGACGCCGCCGCCGCCGCCGCAGAGGCGGCGUGGACCGGCGCGGUGCGCGCGCACGGCCGCGUGGAGGGUCACGCGAAGCUCGCCCGGCACGGCGCGCCGACUGCCCCGACGGACGACGCCCAGGAGAGUGGCGGCACCCUCGGCAGUGACGGCGGUGGCGAUGCACCGCGCGUGCAGAUCACCCGUGGUGGUGGUGGUGAUGGUGGUGUUGGUGGUGGUGUUGGUGCGCAAACCGAGAGACGAUCGGCCGUGCCGCCAGACCCCGUGUCCACCCAGUCGGACACCCGAGCUGGUGGCCAAGCGGACACCCCUCCUGCCCACCACACCACCACCGCCACCACAGCCGCCACCACCGCCACCCGCGCGCCGCAGCCGGGAGCCGAACGAGACGCGACUGCUCGGCGGCGCUGCGCGGCGCGCCACGCGCACGUCCUCUACGCCGUGGUGUGCACCGUGGGUGCCUUCUACGCGCCCAUGGCGCUUCUCCUCGUCCUCUACUGCGGCAUCUACCGCGCCGCGCGCUCGCAUUUUCGCCGGGGCCUCCGCGGCAGCCGCGUCCUGUGCGGGGCCGCCCCCAACGGGGGGGUCGUCGCCACGGGGGUGUCCCUCGCGGGGGUCGGCGCGGGGGUUCCCCGGCAGGGAGAGGCUCAGGGUCAGGAUGGGCACGGCCGUGGACGUGGGCAGGGUCGGCAUCAGCGGCUGCAGGGAGAUGAAGACGAUAACGAGGAUGACGAGGAGGAUGAUUGUCGUGGUGGUGGUGGUGGUGAUGAGAGAGCGCGAUGUGAGGAGAUGGAGCGGGUGGUGGCGCCGGCUGCCGGUGGCCAAAUGGAGGAGGGGGUCGUGAAACGAGACGAGGCGGCGUCGGUGGCGGUGGAUUCUCAGGUCCCCGUGGCAGGGAUUCGGGUGCCUGAGACCCAGUGCCAAGUUGCUCAAACCGCGGUCCAGGGCCCCUGGAUGGGAUCACCGCUGCACCGCUCACAGGAGGCCCGACGAUCAGAAUCAGAUUCGGAUUGUAGGGCCCCGGUCGCACUGCCAAGACCUCAGGUGUCCCCCCCUGGCAGCCAAGACCCUCGGGCAGGGCCCCAGGCCUUCAACUCGGACGCUCCAUCUCCUCGGCGGGGGUCCCAAGCGUCCAAACACGGAUUUCAGAUCCGUCAAACGCAACCGCGGCUCUCCGAGGCUGCCGCCACCGUGAACUCAGCACCGCCGCUCGUAGCGACGGAACGGCCCUCCCUACCAUCUCAGCGCGCCCAGCCAGGAGGCCCCCAGGGCCCCGAGACACAUCUCCUGCGCGCCUCGCAAGCGUCACCACGGAACCCUCAAUCCAAAUCCCACGCGCCGCACAACACACAGCCUGCCCAGCCGCCCGUCAACUCGGCGCGCGAGGCAGCCGCAGCCGCCUCCACGAGGCCCCACCACUGCCGCUCGCUGUCCGCGUCGCUCUGGGCCCCGCAAGCGGCUCGCGGCGGUGGCACGACGCGCCCGAGGCUCCGUCGCAUCUCGGAGUCGCGGGAGCGUCGCGCGGCCAAGACGCUGGGUCUCAUCCUGGGCGCGUUCACCCUCUGCUGGCUGCCCUUCUUCGUGCGCGAGCUCGUGGUGAACGUGUGCGAGGCGUGCGCGCCGCCCGAGGCGCUCUCCGAGCUCAUCUCGUGGCUCGGCUACGCCAACUCGCUGGUGAACCCGCUCAUCUACACCACCUUGAACGAGGACUUCAGGGCGGCCUUCAAGCGCAUGGUGGGCGGGGGACGCGGCAGGUGGCCGGGUUCACCGGGGUCGCGGCGCGGGGUCCUCUGAAGUGGGUUUUUUUUAUUGCUUUGGUUGUUCGGGCGAGGUGUACAUACUGGAUGUGGUGUGCCGGGUGUACGGAUAUAUAUAUAAAAAAAACAAAUGUUCAAGAGCUCGCCGAAACGGAAUCGACCUGACUUGAGAAUUAAAAAAAAACCGUGUCACGUGGACUUGCUGAGAGAGGCACAACGGACGCGCGUCGAGACCCAAAGAGUCGCGCAGACUCGCGCCGAGAGACCGUAGACUGGGAGCACGCAGCGAGGGCCGUGCGAUUCCUCGCCCAAUAUCUCCCGAGUCUCCCGCCGGCAGGCUGGAGAGGGUCCGCGGCGCGACCUGGCGCCCCGCGAGAGCGGUGCGCGCGGCGCUCCGUUGAAUCUUUCCGGAGUCGCGGCCUCGGGACGGACCCGGCUGGAAUGAAACCCAA